CUGUACAUGAAUAUAAUGGGCUGGAGUUAUUCUCACUGUGCAUCAGUUCCCAAGAGAGACCACACCACUGUGACAUUAGCUCUUGUAGGAUCCUCAACACAGAACCAAACAUGUUCAGCAGUAGUUCAGGUGGACAACAUCCUUCAGGUUUUGACCUGGACGAUGCCAUGGGAUGUCCCUCCGGCCCGCCUGAGCACCACGGUGAUGACCGUCCCCAUGAGGAUGACCGCCAUGGUCCAGAGGGUGAUCACCAUCGAGAGCGCAAGCAUAGUGGUGAGCACAAUGACGACUGCCGACCCGAGAGAAGACGCAGCGGCGAUCGUGAUGACCAUCAUCACCGCGAGCGCAGGGGCAGUGGUGACCAUGACGUUCACCCGCAGCGUAGAGGCAGUGGUGAACGGGACAAACAUCACCACCGUGAGCGCAGGGGCAGUGGCGGCUGCGACGAUGGCCGUAGGCACAGUGGUGACCGUGACGACCACCACCAUGGGCGCAAGCACAGCCCUGGCCACAGGCGUGACCACAGUGGCAGCCGCAGCGGAAGUGGGAGUGACAGCGAAGGUGGUCACCACGGCCGCAGGAAGAAACACCACAGCGGGAGCGGGAGCGACAGCGAUGAGGGUCACCAUGGGCACGGCCGUCGUCACAAACACGGCCAGGGUCGGGACUAAAAUAUACCUGAGGCAUGCAGAAGUCCGAGCAGAAAUUGUAGUCAUCAGAUAGAAAAACACAGGUAAAAGGCAAAUCAAUGGGAACAAAUGAUCUCACCUAAGGAAGUGGUGUAAAUGGAGAACAGAAGAGGCCCAAGUACUGAUCCCUGAGGUACACCUGUGGUGGGGUCAUGAGACUUUGAUAACUGCCAUUGCCAAGACACACCGAAU